CCACCUGCUGGAAUCCUCCAGAGUUGCAUGGGGACAUGUACUUUUCUCAACCGAUAACAAUACUGACAUUGAUGUCUAGAUCAGGCAUGCUCUACCUUACCUACGAUUGAUAAGACAAGUAGAUUUAGUCAGUAACAAAUUAUAAAAGGCAGUUUUAGUAUGAGUAUCAUAGCACAACUGUUAACUAUAUCUGUAUAUGUGGCGUCAGUCCACGUAGGAGGGUAAAGCAGAUUAGCGUCCCCCGCCUGAUGACAGCAUUGACAGCCAGUCCUGCACUAUAAGUAAGUGUACCUAUAGCUGCCCCACUCUCGAUCCGGCAACACCACGUCUAUUAACGAGCCGUAUAAGUUCGAAUCUUACCGUCAGUCGUCAGUCAGCAUACUUACAGUAUUCAGUGGGAGUCCAGCCAUCGGAUAGUAACGUUGUUUGUUUUGAAGUAUCGUAAUUUGUGAACAGGAUAUGCAUAAGAAUUAGGUUAGGAGAGUUGGUAAUCUCCAAAAGGCACCAAGCAGAGGUAAUCUGUCAAAGAUUUAACAUUUCCGUGUAAACAAAAUGACGCGCCACGCAAGAAAUUGUACGGCUGGAGCAGUUUAUACCUACCAUGAGAAGAAAAAAGAUGCAGCAGCGUCAGGAUACGGUACAAACAGCCAAAGAGUUGGAAAGGACUCUUUGAGGGACUUUGACUGUUGUUGUUUGUCUUUGCAGCCUUGCAGAGACCCAGUAAUAACAAAGGAUGGUUAUUUGUUCGACAAGGAGGCGAUACUGCAGUACUUCUUAACAAAGAAAAAGGAGUACGCGAGAAAACUGAAAGAAUAUGAAAAGCAAAAGAAAAAGCGGGAGGAAACUUCUCAAGAGCAGACUGCUAAUGAAGAGCUGGAAAAAUUACAAAAUUUCCUCAAGGCAGAGAAAACUAUUGUCUUCAAGAAAACCGCAAAGCAAGAAGAAGAGGCUGCUGGGUCAUCCGUGUCGAACAUGAGCAAUGGGCGAGACAAGCAAUUACCCAGUUUCUGGAUUCCCUCAAAAACACCCGAAUCGAAGGAAAUGAUUCUAGAAAAACCAGACAAAAAUAUAUACUGCCCAGUCAGUGGAAAAAUUCUCAAAAUGAAAGAUCUUUUACCUAUUAAAUUUACCGAAGUAAAGGAUCCGGAUGACAAGAAAGCAUUAAUUGUCAAGACUGCUCGAUACAUGUGCCCAAUCACUCAUGAUAUAUUAAGUAAUAGUACUCCAUGUGCUGUUCUUAGGACCACUGGUGAUGUGGUUACAAUGGAAUGUGUGGAAAAGCUUAUCAAAAAAGACUGGAUCAAUCCAUUAGAUAACUCAAAACUGACAGAAGAGGACAUCAUUCCUCUGCAAAGGGGAGGCACAGGUUAUUCAGCAGCAAACGUUAAUUUACAAGGAAAACACGAGAGACCAGUGUUACAAGCAUAACUUAUACUUUAUUGGUAUUUUUAUGAUAUUAAUUAUGCUCUAGAUAGAGAGAGAAUCAACUGCGCGUUUUAGUUUUUUAAUUAAUCAUGAAUUGUGCAAAUGCCGAUUGACCAUAUCGGCGAUCAGAUCUUCAUUUAAGUACCUAAACGUUUCUUCUUAAAAUAAUGCACAUAAUGUUUAUGUGUGACGAAACUGAAAUGUAUAAAUAUUACAUUUCAUACAUAGUACCUAAUUGUUAGAAAAAUUUGUAAAAAUAUGAAGAUAAAUAUUUCAAAUACAAUAGAAAUCUGCAUUUAACAUCUUA